AUGUCUUCUGAGGAGGAAAAGAACAUGGGAGGAAAAAAGUUGCAGAAAAGCUACUUUGAUGUAGUUGGUUUAUGUUGUUCCUCAGAGGUGCCUCUGAUUGAGAACAUCCUCAAACCUCUCGAAGGAAUCAAACAAGUUUCCGUCAUCGUACCUUCACGAACGGUCAUAGUUGUCCACGACACUCUCCUCAUUUCCCAGCUUCAAAUUGUUAAGGCAUUGAAUCAAGCAAGACUAGAGGCUAAUAUUAGAGUGUAUGGAGAUGAAAAGCACAAAAAAACAUGGCCAAGUGUUUACUCAAUGGCUUCUGGUUUGUUGCUUGCACUUUCAUUUCUGAAAUUUGUGUACCCACCAUUCAAAUAUCUUGCUCUUGGAGCUGUGGCUGCUGGGAUUCUUCCAAUUAUCUUAAAAGCUUUUGUCUCCAUUCGGAAUGUUAGAGUUGACAUCAAUAUUCUCGUCAUCAUAGCAGUUAUUGCGACAAUUGCUAUGAGAGAUUAUUUGGAAGCAGGAACCAUUGUUUUCCUCUUCUCAAUUGCGGACUGGUUAGAGUCAAGAGCUAGCCACAAGGCGAAUGCAGUUAUGUCGUCGUUAAUGAGCAUUGCUCCUCAAAAGGCAGUGAUAGCAGAAACCGGAGAGGUUGUCGAUGUUGACGAGGUGAAAGUCAACACAGUUUUAGCAGUUAAAGCUGGGGAAACUAUACCUAUCGACGGAGUUGUUAUAGACGGUAACUGUGAAGUCGAUGAAAAAACAUUGACAGGUGAAUCAUUCCCUGUAGCUAAACUGAAAGACUCCAUUGUGUGGGCCGGCACAAUUAACCUAAACGGUUAUAUUAGUGUCAUGACCACUGCGUUAUCCGAAGACUGCGUGGUUGCAAAAAUGGCAAAGCUUGUGGAAGAGGCCCAGAACAGCAAAACCAGCACGCAGAGGUUGAUUGACAAAUUUGCCAAGUUUUAUACACCAGCUGUUGUAGUCAUAUCGACACUUGUAGCAGUGAUUCCGCUUGUGUUAAAAGUACAUAACGAGAAAUACUGGCUUCACUUUGCACUGGUUGUUUUAGUAAGUGCAUGUCCUUGUGCACUUAUCCUUUCAACACCAGUUGCGACUUUUUGCGCUUAUACGGCAGCUGCUACAUCCGGUCUUCUGAUCAAAGGGGGUCAAUCUCUGGAAACACUGGCAAAAAUUAAGAUCAUGGCUUUUGACAAAACGGGUACCAUAACAAAGGGUGAAUUUGCGGUGACGAAUUUCCAAUCUCUUUCAGAUGACAUUGAUUUGAACACAUUGCUCUACUGGGUGUCGAGCAUUGAGAGCAAGUCAAGCCACCCAUUGGCGGAAGCAAUUGUUGAUCACGGAAGGUCUCUCUCCAUUGAACCAAAUCCGGAAAAGGUGACAGAAUUUGAAAAUUUUCCGGGAGAAGGAAUCUUUGGAAAAAUUGAUGAGAAAGUUUUCUACAUUGGAAAUAAAAAAAUCGCUACAAGAGCAGGAUCUAAAACAGAAGUUCCAACAUUAGAAGGUGAAGUUGAUGGAGGAAAGACCGUUGGCUACAUAUACUCAGGACCAACCCCAGUUGGAAUUUUCUCGUUAUCUGAUACUUGCCGGUCAGGGGUUCAAGAGGCAAUAAGGCAGCUGAAGUUGUUAGGAAUCAAAACCGCUAUGCUCACUGGAGAUAGCCAAUCAGCUGCAAUGCAAGCACAGGAGCAGUUAGGUGGAGCUCUGGAGUUAGUCCAUGCGGAACUUCUGCCGGAGGGCAAAGUAAAAAUCAUCUCUGAAUUUAAAAAGGAAGGUCCAACAGCGAUGCUUGGAGAUGGUUUAAAUGACGCACCUGCGUUAGCUUCAGCUGAUAUUGGAAUUUCAAUGGGGAUUUCAGGUUCUGCACUGGCAAGUGAGACCGGCGAUAUCAUUCUUAUGUCGAAUGAUCUUAGGAAAAUACCAGAAGCCAUUAAGCUCGCCAGAAGAUCUCGAAGGAAAGUGAUAGAAAAUAUUAUAUUAUCAGUCAUUACUAAGCUUGCGAUUCUUGGUUUGGCUGUCGCUGGUCACCCGAUUGUUUGGGCAGCAGUUCUUGCCGAUGUUGGGACAUGUCUGUUGGUCAUCUUAAACAGCAUGUUACUUCUGCCAAGAAGACACAAGCAUGGAGGAAAAAGUUGUAAGUCAUCAACUCAACAUCAUGUCCACAAAAAUGGAUGCGGCGACACUAACGGCUGUUCCUCUCAUCAUCACCAUCAACAUCAGCAUCAACAUGAGCCUGAACAUCAGCAACAACAUCACCAUCACCAUCACCAUGAGCAUGAGCAUCAACAUCAACAACACCAACAUCAACAUCAACAUCAAGGCCAUAAGCAUUGUUGCUCAGACAAGGCUGAGCCCCAGAAGCAUGUCGCUAAGUCAUGUUCCUCAAAAAGUCCACCCUGCCCUUCAAAUCCAAGUUUAAGUGGAAGUGUUCCCCAUCUCAAAAACACGGAGAAUCAUGAUCAAUGUAAGGGAAGUCAUGAAUUGCAUGAAUCAGAUCACUGUCAUCAUGGAAGAUGUGACAAGAGUCAAGAUGAAGUACAGAAACAUGAUACUGAAAACAAGUGUUGUUCAGAUUCACACAAUUUGAAUUUAAAUGCCAGAGAUGUCAACACAGCUUCGAUAAAAAGUCAUGGUCAUUGUCUGGGACAUAAGUCCCAUGGAACAAAACACUGCCACAACCAAAACGUUGGCAUGGUUACUCGUGAUAGCACUUCACAUAGUUCUCCCUGCCAUCUCAAUCCCUGUGAUAAAAAACAAAGCCAACAAUUAGGUGAGCACUGUCACUCAAACCAUAGUUGUGAAAAACUGCAAAACCAUGGAACCAUUCAUGACAUUCAGCAUCAGAAAACAGGUUGUCAUUCUGAUAACCAUGGUUGUGAAAAUCUGCAUGACCAUGGAAUCAUUCAUGACAUUCCGCAUCAGAAAUCAGGUUGUCAUUCUGAUUUUAAGAAGCAUGGGACGAGUGAAAUAUCCAUAGAUAUCACCGAAGAACAUGAUGAAACAGCAUCGAAGCCUGAUUGUUCAAGUUUAGCAGAAAAAGAAAAGGAUUCCUGCAAAGAUUGCUCCAAAACAUGUGAGAACCCGCCUGUUGAGUGUGAGGGCUGCGACGGUUCAAUUGAGAAAGAAGUUAGUUCAUGCUGCUAUAAUGAGGGUUGUUCAAAGGAAUCGAUCGAAUCCUCAAUUGCGCAUGCUUGUAUUAGCUUGGACAAGAGAGUAGUUGGUGGAUGUUGCAAGAGCUACAUGAGGGAAUGCUGUGGCAAGCAUGGACAUUCAAGGAUUGGUAAUUUUGUAGGUUUAUCAGAAAUUGUUACAGAAUAG